AUGAAUUCGCUAUUCAACUCUGCUUUAAAGCAAUCAUCGUCGAUCCGCCGUGAUCUGGACACCUUUUCACAAUCACCAACCACCUCCUCACCCGCGUUACAAGGCCAGCUUGCAGCCUCCUUGGCAUCGCUUUCCCGCACCGUCGAUGACUACUCAGCUCUCUCCAAGAAGGAACUGAUUCCCGAGAAACAACAAAAGGCAUUCGACCGCAUCAAGAACUUCCGAAAUGAGCUCUUAGACUACCGGACACAAUUCGAUCGACUUCGCAAAGAACGCGAGGAUGCACAAUCGGUUACCAACCACAAUGAACUCCUAGGCCGUCGCCCACACCACGCCGCAACACCAGAGAAUCCGUAUGCGCAGUCCUCACUCCCACAGACCAGCUCAGCCUUUGCACCAUCAUCCUCAGGCCUUGCCUUUGGCGCUAGCCCAGCAGACUACAACCGCGAAACCAACGCGCUGCGCGAGCAGUCCUUCUUCUCCAACACACACAACCAACUCGAUGAUUUCCUGGACCGAGGAAGAGCGGUUCUCGCAGACCUAGGACAACAACGUGAAGUACUCAAGGGAACACAGCGUCGACUAUACAGCGUCGCGAACACACUUGGUGUCAGCGGCGAUACAAUUCGGAUGGUGGAGCGGCGGGCGCGUCAGGAUAAGUGGAUUUUCUGGGGCGGAGUGGUGAUAUUCUUCUUGUUCUGCUGGGCAGUGCUGCACUUCUUGCGGUAG